AAUGGUAGCACAAGGGCUGAUCUCUCGCCUAAAGAGGUCAUUCUGUCUACAGUUGCCACUUGUUGCCAAAAGCUUCGGGGCUUCAAGACUCGCAGCGAAUACAUUUUCAACGGGUUAUUUCUUUUAAAUCGAGACGCACACCUCGAUGUUGAAUCAGGAAUUCUCCCUGACAUAAAGAGGACAUAGUUUUGAACUGUUUUGAUAUUUAGAUUCAUCUGACAGGAAAAGCAUGGUUGAUAACAGUAUAGCUACUAAAUCUGCUUUGCAAGCUGCGUUCUCCGCGAGCAACAUUCCGCUCCUCGUCUCCUCUGCCUCAACACACAGUCCCUUCUCCGGAUCCCAGGCCCAUCAGACCAGCGGCGGCAUGAAGCUCGAGGCGGUCAUGGAAAACCUCCAGCGACAACAGGCGGCACGGCUGGCGCUCGAAGAGAAGCUUCGACAAGCAGAGAAAGAGAAAGAUAUCCGUUCCAUGGUCGAGUCGCAGAUACACCAACAAGCCCUCGCCUUCCGUCACUACCAGGCAGCAGUUCGAGGUGCAUUCGUCGCAAACUCGUCUUCGGGGAUGAGCACCACCGAGCGGCAGCUCGCUCUCCCGCACCUGGACGCUCGCAGGCAUUCUGAGCGAGCUGACGACUCAGACAUGGACGAUGAAGAAGGCACCAGAGGCAUCGACGAUAACCACCGUAACAUCGAGGGAGAUGACAUGGAAAACGAGGGGGUCCUAGAUGAUGAGGAAGAGGACAUGGAGAGGGCUUUGAGCCACUAUCAGCCCCGCCACCCAAUGCAUCCCGGCGCGGGACACUCUCCGAAGAGCACCGCUGCGCAUCUGCUGUCCCGAGCCCCGCCGUCCUUCCCGGCGCCCCGGCAGUCCGGGUCACCUGGGGGGUUGGCAUCGCAAGCACAAUCUCAGCACCACGAGUGGACGUACGAGGAGCAAUUCAAACAAUCAGGAAGAGGCAGCGCGACAGACAGGAAGCUGGGAGUCUCAAGUGCCGGCAUCGCUGGUGGCUCUUCAUCUCUGAUCCAGGAGUUGUAUGAGCUGGAUGAUGACGACAAGAGGAAAGAGUUUCUGGAUGACCUCUUCAGUUUCAUGCAGAAGAGAGGGACUCCAGUGAAUCGGAUUCCUAUCAUGGCCAAGCAGGUGUUGGAUCUCUACACACUCUACAAGCUUGUCACCGAAAAAGGAGGCUUAGUGGAGGUCAUCAAUAAGAAAAUAUGGCGCGAGAUCACCAAAGGUCUCAACCUCCCUACCUCUAUCACCAGUGCAGCUUUCACUCUCCGAACACAGUAUAUGAAGUACCUCUACCCAUACGAAUGUGAAAAGAGGGGACUGAGCUCCCCUGGGGAGCUCCAGGCAGCCAUCGACAGCAACCGGAGGGAGGGCCGCCGGCAGAGCUACGGAUCGGCCAUCUUUAACUACUCCCCCGUGGGUACCCCCUCCCUCCUCUCCUCUCCCAAGAUGCAGAUGGCCCACCUGGCCAACGGCGGCCACCUCUCCCAGUCCCCGGUCAUCAAGAAAGAGGAGCCCAUGAUGGGGGGCUGCCUGGCCAGCCGGCUUCCCCUGUCCCUGGGAGGGCACCACGCCGCGGCCCAGGCCGUAGCGGCGCAGGCGGCCGUCCAGGCAGCUGCCCUGGAGCAGCUCAGGGAGAAGCUGGAGAGCGGAGAGCCACCAGAGAAGAAGAUGAUGAGGAUGGCGGAGGAGCAGCAGAGGCUGAUGCAGAACGCGCUGCAGCAGAACCUGCUGGCGAUGGCCACUCAGCUGCCCAUGAACAUCAAGCUCAACAACAGAGAUGAUAGACAAGAGACCGCAUUGAACCUGUCUACCAACGGCAUUAGCAGCAUCAACAUGUCAAUAGAAAUAAAUGGAGUUGUCUACACAGGUGUCCUGUUUGCUCGGAGACCAACCAUUCCAGGAAUGCCAGGCGGUCACCAAGGCAACCACACCAGCUCUCAGGAAAAGACCAGUCCAGGAUUGCCCUCACAGAUCCAACCGCCCUGCUCCUCUGCAUCCUCAACCUCCUCCUCAUCCUCGAUCCAUGGACUUGGAAACUCCUCUCCCUGAGCCCCCCCAGCCUCCUCCCCCAUCCGCCCAGCCCCCCCUCCCCAUCCUUCCCCAAGACAACAAGCAGUCUGAGAUAUUUUGAGAGAGACUUUUUUGUUUUCGAAGCUGGUUUUUUACCCUGUCCCUCCCUUCCUUUUCACAAGCUCCCUUAUUCCAAAUCGAAAGAAUUUAUAGGAAAACAAUGUUUUUAUUUAUAGGGAAGAAAAAAAAUCUGUAGAAAGAAAUAAACUAUCUCGUUUGUACUCUGCGCCUCAUCCGAGCUCUGAAUAAUGGUGUAUGUAGAGGACCUUUCACCUUUGUGUGUGUAUGCGAAUGAAAUCGCUGUUAUUCGGUUUCUUCAGACCAGCUGCUCGAUUUGGAGCAGUUUCAUUGAACGUGGAGUGACUCGUCGAUGCAGUGACACCUCGGGCACCAAAAACAGCGGGACAUUGGCACCGAGGCAAGAGGACGCUGACUCUCUCUGCUGCGAUGCCUACAGACAACCAGCCAGCUUGCCCUUUGACCUCAAGCUAAACAGGAACUGGUUGAUCUACUGGGUAUGUUACCCCUUGGCUUUGGGAGUAUGUCUUGCCACUCGAUAUUACAGACCUCUGAUUAAUACCUGUGUUAUUUUCCAAAUCAGUAAAUGUUGCUGCUUUGAGCUUAUACCAAAGAAGAAGCUUAUAUGUUGAUCUUAAGAGAAGCGCAUAGCGUAAAAAGAGAGCGAUAAUACAAAAUGAUCAAACUAGAGUAAUAUCUCAUUAAUAUUUCAUACAAAGCAUAUACCACAGAAUCAAGGAAUUGUAGUUUUUUCUUAUAUAGAGAAGAUAUCACCAUGAUGAUGUUAUCUAUUGAAGAUGUAGGUUUAAACACAAUAUCUAAGUUGCUAUGGAUACAAUGUUUGAAACUGUGGAACAAGAUACUGAGGCAGGAGUGGCACUGAUAUUUAAGAUAAGUGAGUGGUUGUUUAAUUUAAAUGCCUUUCUCAUUUAUUGGUUGUACUAAAUAGCAAGACUACAACAUGCUCAACUAAUGGUUAUUGUCAAAGCUUUUUGCAAAACCUAUACUCAAAAGGGGUAGAUAUGCUCUAUAGAUUGCAUGGCUUUUUUUAACAAAAGUUUUUCAACACAUUUCCAUCCGCAUCCAAAACCCAUACCAGGAUCAAUCAAUAAUAACCAGUGAAGUUUAGGGAAGUUUUUUUACAAUCAGCUAGAAGCACAAAUCCAGACCGGUAUCAACUGGUAUGAGGUGGGAGAAGUCUUUUGCAAAACAAUGCCAAUCUGACGGUGGUAGGAAUGAUGAGCAGUUCACCACGUGUUGAGUUGAGAUGGCCCAUGCAGCCAGAGACCAGGGUCAGAGUGCUUAACAACCCUCCAAUCACACAGUGGCUUUAUAUCAUUACUAUCCAGUUCUUUUCUCUCUCUUUUCGUAAUGCACUCGUGUCUAAAGUUAAACCCUCUCUUUCUCUCAUUCUUUUUUUCUCUUGCUCUCAAAUUCUCUGGGUUGUUUAAUAAAGAUUUAAGAUACAUUCUCUAUUAUGAAGGGAAACGGGAAACAGUUUUUAAAUAUAUAUCUUUUUAUUAAGUCUUUAAAAACAUAAUUUCAAAUUGUAUUUAUUUUGUUUUUAUGUUUGACCUCAGGCUUCAAACUUGCAUUCAUCUACACCACUUUAUUUGAAUCCAUUUAAGGAGUUGUUUCUAUCACAGACAGAUACCUCAAAAAUCUAACUGUAUAUAUACAUAAUAGAAUAUAAAUACAAAAUAUACCUCAUAUAUUUCAUUUAUAUUAUUUUAUUGUAAAGCCACUUGAAAAUCAAUGUGUUUCAACAAUUCACUGGAUUUUUUUUCAUAUUUUGUAUAGUUAUACCAAAGAAGGGAAUAUUUUAUGAACACACAUCUACCUCAUUCGUUAUAGACUGUGCCAACACACAACCACAUACUUAAUUGCCAGUUUUUAAGUGUAGCCUUCACAGUCAAUACACAUGUAUUUGCUUGAACACAAAAACAAAACAAAAAAAAUGUAUUGAAGCAAAGUAGGUGGACCAUUUAAGGUGUGAAGCAACACAGCUUGUUUUUUUUUUGUCAUGAUUUAUUCACAAUAUACACCGAUGCAGGCAUUCUACUGUUGCUAUGACACAUGUAACUAAAUGUAACAAAAGUUUGGUCCAACUUUUAAAUCACACAAAUCGCAAUAGAGGACAAGCACCAAACUGGAAAUAAUUGAAAAUGUCAGGUGUCAGUGCUGGUAUCGAAGGUGGUUGUAUUCGUUAAUUCCAGUGUUUACUUGAAAUGUGUUCUUCAUAAAUCAGGUCAUUAUGUGGGCUUUUUCUGAGAGUCAUGAUGUGGUAAUUUUCUGUUGUAUAUGUGACUUUCUAUGAAGCUUGGUGCUAGAAAGCACCAGUGACAUCACUGAGCACAGUGACAUCACUGCUCACUCCCCCAAGGAAAGACAGUCUGGCUACAUGUGUCCCCUUUCUCAAAGAGUAUCUUUUAAUAUCAUAAGGGGUCUUUUACCUACACUUGGCCUAAUAUUAGACAAACAAAAAACAUUCAAUUCAGGUCCUUCAGGUCUUGCUCCAGGGCUAAGUCUGUGUGUCAGAAUUUGCCUUGUGUAACAGUUGAUAGAUUAACAAGCCGUUCUUUCUCUAUGAAACAUUGUGGAUGAAUAGGAAAGGGUCCUUAUCCUGAUUAAGUUUUAGCACAUCUCAAACCUUGCAUGUUAAUCAUGCGUAAAUGUUCAUGAGCAACUCCACCAAUGGAUGAGCUAUUCCUUCAUCCCAGGAUUUGUUGUUGGCAUCCUAUUAAGUUUAAGACUGCAAAAAUGUAUACAUGUUUCUCAUGAAUGUAAAAUAUGUUAAUCCAUCCUUAUCGUAGCAAAAUUUACACAACAUCACAAUAUCCAACUAUCCAUAAUUGUUUGUGAAGAUGCAUUUUACUGAAGGACAGACUCAGCACAACUAUUUAUGUGCAAAAGUACAUAGGGCACAAAUGAUGCGCACAUCUCUUUAUUUUUUAUUUUUACUCUUACAAUAAAGUUUCCUUUUGCUUGUGAUAGACAUAUCAGAGUUAUUUGUUUUGAAGACAGCACUGGCACAGUUUCUCAUGACUGUCAUUUCCUCACCCCUUCCUACACUAUUAAGGCAAAUACAAUUGAAAAUGUUGCUAAUUGUUGGACAGUGAAACAGUUUGCUGACUGUGAAACAAGAACAUGCAAUCACUAUCAUUCUUACAACCAAAGAUCCUUAGAAACAGGAACUAAGCUCACUUUGUAAAAGAAUAUAACCAAAUACAGAAGAGAGAUGAAUCAGCAUUGGCUUUAGUAAAAUAAAGAAGAAGAAAAAAAAAAAAAACUUUCACUUAUGGAUUUACUUAAAUAACAUGUGGUUUACUUACUGUAUUUUAUGCUGGUAGAAUUUAGAUACUAUAAUAGUUUAUUCGCUGUGUAUAAAGCUUUAUAUAUAAUAUUUCUUUUAUUUACCUUUUGGAUGAAUCCAGUGCGUAGUGGGACUGCUGGAUUGUGGUGCUCAGGGGUUAAAAAAAUACAAAAAAAACUGGUGAAAGAGAUGUUUUGUUUUGCCAUUUUGAUUUGUAGCAUAUUUAGAAAUAAAAUACUGCUUUUAACUUCA